GCAUUUUGUACAGAAGUGAUGCGCAUGUCUGUUAAUUGUCAAAUUUAAACCCGGUUGAACCGUUGGUUGUGUUUUGGAGAGCUUUUCAGCAAUUUCCAUCAAAUCUUAAUUAUUUUUCAAGACCCGUUAAAAAUGACACAGAACCUUUGUGAUGUGCUUCAAACCAAUUUGGAAUAUUGUUUUGAAGCAAAUCGUAAAUCAACCUUCAAAAAAUGGGUUUUCAGCGACAAAGUUAUGUGCAAUGCAGCAAAGUUAGCUGAGGCGGGCUUUAUUUUCGUGGGAAAUUCAUUAGAACCGGACUCUGUAAAAUGCUUCCUGUGUAACAAGUCCUUAGAUUGUUGGGCGGAAGAUGAUGAUCCUUGGACAGAACACAUCAAGCAUUCGCCAAAGUGCUCGUUUGCCAAGAAGAACAAGCCCGAGAAAUCCCUCACUCUGUCAGAGUUUAUUGACUUUAGAAACGAAUUAAUUGAAAGAGUUGUGGAUAGAGCAUUGCAGGAAAGUUUAGAAGAUGUUAAGGGACAAGUUGAUGACAUUUUACAAAUGAUGAGCGCUUUAAAAUAGGUUUUCUAAACUGGUGUAGUUAGAAUAAGGUGUGCAUGUAUUGUGUAAGUGUAAUCUCUAAUUUGGUAUUGAUGACAAUAAAUUAUUUUAUCAAUAUUUUUAUCGAA